AUAUAACGGCCCAUCAUUCAGCCAACAUGUCAUUAGUUGUUCCUAGUUUUUUUUAUUAGUAACUUGAUUUCUUAGAAUGUAGGUGUCAAUGCUGUAUGAAGUGUCUAUAUGUACUGUAUGUGACAAAGUGAAAUCAGACAGUAGAUGUCAGUAGAUGUCCGUCCGUGUUUGUGUUGAAAUGAAAGUUGCUGAAGUGUUUUGAUGGAGUUGAUCUCAUGGCUGGAUUAAUAAACCCGGAGAAACAUUCGACAUCUUAAAUCCAAAUCCAUCUCUUCAGUGAUAGCUGGAUAUGGCGUUGUGGAUUCAGGCUCAGCAGUUACAGGGGGACGCCCUGCAUCAGAUGCAGUCCUUGUACGGGCAGCAUUUCCCCAUCGAGGUGCGGCACUAUCUGGCGCAGUGGCUGGAAGCUCAGCCGUGGGACGCUUUAGACCUGGAGAACCAGCAAGAUGAGUUUAAAGCCAAGCGACUGUUGGAUAGUCUGAUCCAGGAGUUACAGAGGAGGGCAGAACAUCAGAUGGGAGAAGAUGGCUUUCUGCUCAAGAUCAAACUGGGUCAUUAUGCUUCACAGCUGAAGAGCACAUAUGACCCAUGUCCUCUGGAGCUGGUACGCUGUGUCAAACACAUUCUCUACACUGAGCAAAGACUCGUGCAGGACGCAUCUAAUGCCAGCAGUCCAGGUGCCGGUCCAGUAGACGGAACCCCUCAGAGAUACCAGCAGAUCAAUCAGACGUUUGAAGAGCUUCGGGUCAUGAUGCAGGACUCAGAGAAUGAUCUGCGGAAACUGCAGCACAGUCAGGAAUAUUUUAUCAUCCAGUAUCAGGAGAGUCUGAGGAUACAGGCUCAGUUGAGUAGUUUAUCCAGCGUUGCUCCAGCUGAACGCGUUCAGAGAGAAACCAGUCUGCAGAGCAGAAAGUCCACGCUGGAGGCUUGGCUCACACGAGAGGCCAACACCUUACAGAAAUACAGACAGGAGCUGGCAGAGAAAUAUCAGAGGACUUUGACUCUGUUGAGGAAACAGCAGGCGUUGAUUGUGGAUGAUGAGCUGAUUCAGUGGAAGAGACGACAACAGCUUGCAGGGAAUGGAGGACCAGCAGAGGGAGGACUGGACAUGCUGCAAGCCUGGUGUGAGAAGCUAGCUGAUAUGAUCUGGCAGAACAGACAGCAGAUUCGUCGAGUUGAACACCUGACACAGCAGCUGCCCAUACCUGGACCGACAGAAGAACUGCUCACCGAACUCAACGCUACUGUCACCGACAUCAUAUCAGCUCUCGUCACCAGCACCUUCAUCAUAGAGAAACAGCCUCCUCAAGUGCUCAAGACUCAGACCAAGUUUUCAGCAACGGUUCGCCUGCUGGUCGGAGGAAAACUCAACGUUCACAUGAAUCCUCCUCAGGUGAAAGCCACCAUCAUCAACGAACAGCAGGCCAAGGCCUUACUGAAGAACGAGAACACGCGCAACGACAGCAGUGGAGAGAUUCUGAACAACAACUGUGUGAUGGAGUAUCACCAAACCACAGGCACCCUGAGCGCACACUUCAGAACCAUGUCUCUGAAGCGCAUUAAGCGUGCAGACCGGCGCGGGGCCGAAUCAGUGACAGAGGAGAAGUUUACGGUUCUGUUCGAGUCUCAGUUCAGCGUGGGUGGAAAUGAGCUCGUGUUUCAUGUCAAGACAUUAUCACUGCCUGUCGUGGUUAUCGUUCAUGGUAGUCAAGACAACAACGCCACGGCGACAGUGCUCUGGGACAAUGCUUUCUCUGAGCCAGGUCGAGUGCCGUUCGUGGUACCUGAUAAGAUUGUGUGGCCACAGCUGUGUGAGGCUUUGAACAUGAAGUAUAAAUCUGAGGUUCAGAGUGACAGAGGUCUGUCAGAAGAUAAUCUGGUGUUUCUCGCUCAGAAGGCCUUCAGCAGCUCCAGUAACAAUCCUGAGGAUUAUCGCAACAUGACCAUCACCUGGUCUCAGUUCAACAGGGAAAGUUUACCAGGCAGAAAUUUCACAUUUUGGCAGUGGUUUGAUGGAGUGAUUGAGCUCAUGAAGAAACAUCUGAAGUCUCAUUGGAAUGAUGGAGCGAUUUUGGGUUUCCUCAACAAGCAGCAGGCUCAGGAUAUGUUGAUGUCCAAACCCAAUGGCACAUUUCUCUUGCGCUUCAGUGACUCUGAGAUCGGAGGGAUCACUAUUGCCUGGGUUGCAGAGAACCCCAAUAAACCAGGAGAACGGAUGGUGUGGAACCUCAUGCCCUUCACUACUAGAGAUUUCUCCAUCCGCUCUCUGGCUGAUCGCAUCAGUGAUCUGAACCAUCUCCUCUUUCUCUACCCCAGCCAGCCUAAAGAUGAAGUCUUCUCACGUUACUGCACGCCUCCAAACUCAAAGGCCGUGGGUGAUGGAUAUGUCAAACCAGAGAUCAAGCAGGUGGUGAAGGUUGAGUUCUCGUCGCCCAAUCCUGAACCGUCUCCAGGGAAUUCCUCUUUUAUAGAGCAUGCAGCGUCACCCACCAUCAGUCAGCCGCAUAACUUCACAAUCUAUCCGUCUAUGAAUGACCCUAUGUUGGAGACUGAAGGGGAGUUUGAUCUGGAUGAGACCAUGGACAUGGCCCGACAGGUCGAGGAGUUCCUGCGUCAGCCCAUGGAAACCCAAUGGAGUGGACAACAGUCGUGACCUUUGACCCCUCUCAUCUCAGCUACACCAAAAACUCGAUGGUUCCAUAUUUUUCUAUUAACAAAUGCUGUUCCAUGAAUGUUUAACUGCCUCUCGGUUCAUUUGUCAUCAUGAACAGCAGAGGGUGUGUACAGUACAGAAAGAUUUGUGAAGUUCAUUCUGUGUCUGACGAGGUUUGAAUGAGUCACAUGAGCCUUCAUCUUUAAUUUCAACCAAUGAAGAAUUCAGGCCAGCUUCGAGGACACUCGUUGUUAGUGGCACUAAGCUCCUCCCACUGGUUUCCAUUGGUUGAGAUAGAUGUUGAUGUUUUUAUCCAUUAAAAGCAGAGAGCAGUGUAUUAAAGUCACAGCACUGAUGCCGUUGACUAAAAGACAGACCCUUUCACACUAUCAGCCCUGCGGUAACAGUGAACAAACAACUGUUAUCAAAAUACAGAGCUGCUGCUCGCUACAUCAAUCCAAUUAUCAGCAAUCAAGAUCUAAUGCGGCAAUGAAACGGAUCAGAAAUACAGAACGCUGUAACAACAUAGUUCAUCAAACUAUCGUCUGCUUCAACACUCACCCGACCGAAUGACAUGAAAGAGAGCUGUUGUGCCACUGACUACAAAUACAUUUAUAUCAUUUAGCAGAUGCUUUUAUCCAAAGUGACCUACAGUUGUGACCUACAGAAUGCAACAAGCCAUUCAUAUUACUGACAAAAACCUUUGUGCUAUGCAGAAUGUUAAAUGAUGUCAUCAGUCAGAAUCAUAGGCGUAAUUUGCGGGUGGGACAUGUCCCCACCACUUUUCGGAAGAAAUUAAGAAAUGCUUUCGGAAGGUGUGUAUUGUUUAGGGGCCAUUAACAUCUCAAAGAAAUUCAGGAUGCGCCGCUUUCUCACCAUCUCCCGUUGCUCACACUCGUAAGUUAUAUUUGCAGAAGACAGAGAGCCGUGACUUCAGAAACGCGGCCAGUAUGAAAUGUGUCCAUCAUCCGUGUUCGCAGCGCUUACUUGUGCAUCCAGUGUCAAAGCACAAGAACGCGUAAACCAACGAACAAGUGACAGUUUUAGUCAUAGGAAUAAACUUUUUAUUUGUAAUGCACCGCAACAGCCAAGUGACUUUCCCCAAAUGACAGUUCGGAACCGCAUAUUGUGAGAGCUGGAGUUGAGAAGCGGAGUAACUAAUGGACGGAGCGCCCACUAUAUAUGAUCAAUCUUCCCAACCAGUUAUUACAGAAACAAUUUAUUUAAUUUAUUUAUAAAGGAUUGUCCCCACCACUUUUCAAAACAAAGUUACGGCACGGGUCUGAAUCGAGAUGCUUCAGCUUCUACAGUAAAUCACACAACAGCUCUUUCUCAUUUUAGGUUGGGUCGUGUGGGUGUGACCGCAGUGAUGUCAUCUGAUGCUGGAUCACAUGAUCUGGAGUGUCAAACUUUGUCUGUAGGCUGCUCUUGAAAAGGUCACUUGGUAUUUUGAUGUCAUACUGCGAUCAUUCAUGAAGUAUAACACACCCGCUCUCAUUUCAGGAUGAGCGCUGAACUCUUCUUUGGUCUGUAGUUCUGAUACAGUAAUAUACCUUGGUCUGUUUAAAUACUGGAUUCUGAUUGGCUGGAAGGUGUGCAUUAAAACCGUUUAAUGCACAUGUAGUUCCAGUCAGUUUGAUUAACAUUUGAAAUGAACUGAGGAAAAUAACAUUUUCACCUGUCUGAUCAAAAUUUCACUGUAAACAUCAAAACAGCUUCAACUUGUCAAAUGACCAUGGGAUAAGCGGGAUAAUCUAAUCCACGGCUAGCCAUGCAUUAUCCCUUACAUAUCGCACAGUAUAAUGUGAUGUCCUCACUGUGCUUUAUGGUGAGAUCAGUUUACAUUUUUUAUUUAAAGGUUUGACAUUUAUCUUUCCAAACUGAAUUGCUGUGAUUUCAACAUGACAUCAGAGCAGCAGUGUAGCUGUUUUUACCGGCCUGAAUCAAACAUACAUUACAUGUGAUUUAUAUGUGAGUCAAUUCACAGCCCCCACAAGAGUAAAUCAACAGAGAAAUACAUGACUGUAAUGCCUUCAAACUACUCUUGUUGUUUUUUCUUUUUAAUUCUUUUGAUUCUCAGUACCAUAAUGUGAAACAAAAGCGUAAAGUGUACUGCCAGUGUUGUUGCGCUGGCUUUAUUUGCGUUGUUUAAGGACGGAUUAUUUUCAUGACUGAAUCACAAUGGAAGUGGGCAUUGACAGCGAGAAGUUUUCUCUGGGAGUAAUCUUGUGUAAACGGAGACAGUUACCACAGGAAAACUAUAUACUCACGCAAGGUGAAUUGAAUAUAAAAUAGUUUUUUUCUCUUAGCUCAGCACAUUUGAAUUUGCUUUCAGCUUCGUGGAUGUUUAAAUGUAGUCCACAGAUUCCCUGGAAGAAAUUAUUGCUACCGUCUGCUUCUUUGUAAUGAAAUGACUUUACUCGAAAUAGAAAUAAAUGACCACAUUAUUUUUUUAAAUAUUAUUGUAAUGGACCAGUCCAUUAAAAAUAUGAGGAAUUCUCAAUCGAAGAUGUUUCUUUAUACUCAUGUCAAACAUGUCACCAUUAAGAAAAAGAUCUCAGGAAAAUAGAGCCACACAGACACAGAAUUAUAUACUGUAUAUUAUAAUGUAUGGGGGAAUAGCUAUCAUUAGAAGGAAGCUGUCUAAAAAGAUAUAUUCUUUCAAAUAUAGAUAUUAUCAUAAUACUGUUACAAAUGUCUUAUUCUACAAUUCUCUGACAUGUUUUCAAUGUGAAGCUAAUUGCUUGUUUUUUUAGUUGUUUCUUUUUUUCUAAAAUGUUUUUUGUUUCUUGUUUUAUGUAUUUGUACUUGUGGUCUAUUUUAUUGUCUAACUCGUUUUGUGUUGUUGGAUUCUUUGGAGGUCUUUUCUUGUCAUUUUCAUAGUUGAUCAACAGCUUAUGUGUUUUGGGAGAUUAUGAAAAUGAAAAAAAUGAAGCUUUAAAAAUAUUUUAACAACAGAAUUGUCAUUUAGAGUUGUAUACAGUGCGUCCACAGUGACUGUACAAACUACAGCAUGUGAAGCGUUAUAUAUACGAUAGAUAGGUAAGAAAAGGGAUUUAGUGAUCACACAAAUACUUACAAAACAUCUUAUGACUACAUCUCUGUUUUCUGACUACAUCUGAAUGUUUUGAUUUAAACUUUGUAUUACUGGCACUUCUGGUGAUUAUUAUUACGAUAAAUCGCUCAACUGUAACACUUUGAUUAUAAACAUUUCCUAAAUGAAUGAAUGCAAAUGUCAGGUAAUAGUGUUUUUCUGUAUACAGUGAUGAAAUGUGCUGGGCAGCUCUAGUUACGGAAAUGACAAAAUUCAGCCUGGCAAAGUAUUUCCAAUUUCAAAAAUAAACAAUGGCAUAAAAUAACUUUUUUUGCUUGAAUGGUUUCAUAAAUAACCUUUUAAAUCCAGAGAACCAUCCUGUUUUACAAGAGGUUCUUUGUAAUGGAAAUAGGUACGUUAAACUUUAAAAAACGUAAAAAAAAACACAA